AUGACAAAAACAUUUUGGAAGAAGGUGAGAAAGCUAGGAAGAGCCAGUGUGUUUGCACGGCAGACUGCAGAGGAGUCUAGAAUCACAAAUUCUGCUUCCAGCACUGUCCUGUCUGAGUACAAUGUCACAAACAACAGCAUCACUCUGAGAACACCACAAACCACAGGCUCCCAAGACAGGAUUCUGCAGGAAGCUCAGAACCUCAUGGCCUUGACCAAUGUGGACACUCCACUGAAAGGUGGGCUUAAUACUCUACUGCACAAGAGUGACUUCUCUGGAGUGACCCCACAGCAUCAGGUUGUGCAGACUCCAAAUAAGGUUCUGUCUACUCCUUUCAGGACUUCUUCUAAUGGAGCUAAAGGGCUGACUCCCUGGAGUGGAACAACCCCCAAACCAGUCACUAAUGCCACCCCAGACAGAACACCACUGAGAGACAAAUUAAACAUUAAUCCAGAGGAUGGAAUGGCAGACUAUAGUGACCCCUCUUUUGUGAAGCAGAUGGAAGGAGAAUCUCGUGAACAUCUCCGUCUAGGGUUGUUGGGCCUCCCUGCGCCUAAGAAUGAUUUUGAAAUUGUUCUACCAGAAAAUGCUGAGAAGGAGCUGGAAGAACAUGAAAUAGACGACACCUACAUCGAAGAUGCUGCUGAUGUGGAUGCUCAAGAGCAGGUAAUACGAGAUGAUGAGCAUGUAAAGGAAAUGAAACGAAUGCACAAAGCUGUUCAGAAGGAUCUACCAAGACCAUCUGAAGUAAAUGAAACUAUUUUAAGACCUUUAAGUGUAGAACCACCUCUAACAGAUUUACAGAAAAGCGAAGAACUGAUCAAAAAAGAAAUGAUUACGAUGCUUCAUUAUGACCUUCUACAUCACCCCUAUGAGCCAUCUGGAAAUAAAAAGGGAAAACAUGUUAGAUUUGCUACCAACUAUGCAGAGCACAUUACCUAUCUGGAGCAUAGCCCUUAUGGGAAGUUCUCCAAAGAAGAACUGAAAAAGGCCCAGGAUGUUCUGAUACAAGAGAUGGAAGUGGUAAAACAAGGAAUGAGUCAUGGAGAACUCUCCAGUGAAGCUUACAACCAGGUGUGGGAAGAAUGCUACAGUCAAGUCCUAUAUCUUCCUGAUCAGAGCCGCUAUACAAGGGCUAAUCUUGCUAGCAAAAAGGACAGAAUUGAAUCACUUGAAAAGAGACUUGAGAUAAACAGGGGUCACAUGACAACAGAAGCCAAGAGAGCUGCAAAGAUGGAAAAGAAGUUGAAAAUUUUGCUUGGUGGUUACCAGUCUCGUGCUAUGGGGCUCAUGAACCAGUUGAAUGACUUAUGGGACCAAAUUGAGCAGGCUCACUUGGAGCUACGCACUUUUGAAGAACUCAAGAAACAUGAAGACUCUGCUAUUCCCCACAGGCUGGAGUGUCUAAAAGAAGAUGUGCAGCGACAACAGGAACGACAGAAGGAGCUUGAGCAGAGAUAUGCUGAUUUACUGGUGGAGAAGACUUUACAGGCAAAGUUCUGAAGCACAAUUGAUGCUCUGCCACAGAAGAACUUGUUGCUGGUUUCACACUCUGCAAGGCUGAAACUGAUGUUUCUCUUCAUUGACAGAUUUACCCAGC